GCCGGUGCCGGUCGCAGUCCAAUAAGGACGCCUUAGGGGGAGGGUGUAAGUGAGUGUCCUCCAAUCAAUUGGGCCAUAUAACUCUCCCAUUGGCGGGCAAGUCUGCCCUUGGGUCAGAGCGCACUUGCCCAAUUGGCGGCUACCAAGGGGGGCGUGGCACGGCGCGGUACUGAGGCAGGUAGCUGAGAGUCUGUCCGGCGAGCUGCAGCCUGUGCAGUCCCGUCCGCGGCUGCGUCCGCAAGCAUGGCCGGCCUAGGGCGGCCGGGCCCGGGGUCGCGCACCGCGAUGCCCGCCUGGAAGCGGGAGAUCCUUGAGCGGAGGCGAGCUAAACUGGCCGCCCUGAGUGGAGGCCCGGGACCCGGAGCGGCGCCGGAGGGACAGAACGAGAAGCUGGUUCUGGCGGAGAGUCUGGGUCCUCUGAGCGAGAACCCCUUCAUGAGACUUGAAUCGGAGCGGCGGCGAGGGGCACGGCCGGCGCAGCAGCUGCUGGAGCUGUACCGUCGCGUGCCGGGCGUGCGUACCAUCCGAGCCGACAACAUCCUCAUCAUCGAGUCAACUCCUGGCUUCCCGCCCGCCGUGCCGCCCGCUGCGGGCAUCCGCGCUGCCGAGGUAGUGGUGUACGAGGCGCCUCAGGAGGCGCCUCAGCCGGGCCGUGUCAGCCGACUGCUGGAGAAGUUCGACUCGCCGGCCUCCCCCCGCAGCCGCGGGAGCCCGGAGCGCUCCCACUCUGGGCUUCCGCAGCUUCCCGUGGCGCCUCCAUCUACUGCCACGCGCGCUCCCACCAAUCGGUCGUUGGCUUCUGCCCCAUCGGUGCGUCCCAGCCAGCCCGCACUCCCUGUUUCGCCUGUUCCCGUUGCCCCGCGCGCCAGUCAGCGCUCCGCCUGUUGCGAGCCCGCGCACCCCGAUGGUACCGCGGGUCCUGGGGCCCGGCGCAGCGACUUCCUACGGAAGACGGGCAGCAACUCCUUCACUGUCCACCCCCGGGGCCUGCCCCGCGGUGCGGUCAAUCACUCGCUUUCUAAUGGACCCGUGACCCAGAAGUUCCCGGCCGGCCCUGUCAAUGGGUUGUCGGGCUCUCCUCCUGUUCCGGGCAAGUGGAAGCCAAAGGUGGAGUCAGGGGAACCUUCCCUCCACUCACCCCCAAGCCCUGGGACCCCAAGUGCCACUCCGGUUGGGCCCCCUGCCUUGCCGGCGCCCAGCCCAACCAGUGCCACUCCCAACCAGCGCCGGUGGGUCUCCUCUGCCACCAGCGCCAAUGACUCCUUCGAAAUAAGGCCAGCCCCCAAGCCAGAUGUGGAAACUAUCCCAAUCGGGGACCUUCAGGCCAGGGCCCUGGCCAACCUCCGUGUUAACUCCCGCAACUCCUUCGUGUUGAUCCCCAAGCGCAAGGCCCUUGGGAACCAUCCUUCGGAGGGGAGGCAGUCAGAGGAGCCAAACCGGGAGGUAGGCUGGGCCUCUCAGAGCCAGGGUCUCAAAGCCCAGCCGGUGUCUACAGUGGAUGGUGCGCCUGUCCUAGAGAGGAGUACCUUGACUGCUGAGAUGCAGUGGGCAGCUAGGGAAGAGGGCUGCCCCCGGACAGCCACUGCUGUCACAGACAGGUCUGUUAGGUGGCAGCAGUCAUCCUCACCACCUCCAUUCCUACCAACCACUGUUGAAGCAGAGCCGACUGAGGGCUUGGUUCCUGGCUUGGCCAAGAAUGGCCAGGAGCCUGGGCGGCCAGGACUUCCAGUCACCUUCAUUGAUGAAGUAGACUCAGAAGAGGAGCCCUCCCAAGAAGCCCAACUGCCCUCCUCAGCAGUUGGUGGGUCCCCCCAGUACCACCUGCACCUUGCCAGGCCUGGGCACACCGCAGAGCUCCCAAACCGAGGCAGCAACACUUUCAUAGUGGUGCCCAAGAGGAAGCCAGAGACCCUUCAGGAGCCACACUUCAGUAAGGCCAAUGGGCAGUCCCAGCAGCAGGAGGCUGAGGAACAGGACACUGACAGCCUCUUGGGACCCCACCCUGCCCUGGAGAACACCCUUAAGAAACGCUACCCCACUGUACAUGAGAUUGAAGUGAUCGGUGGUUACCUGGCCCUGCAGAAGUCCUGCCUCAUCAAGGCUGGCUCUUCCAGAAAAAAGAUGAAGAUCUCCUUCAAUGACAAGAGCCUGCACACAACAUUUGAAUACCCUUCUGAGAGCUCCCUGGCCCAAGAAGAGGAGGAGGAGGAGGAAGAGGAAGAGGAAGAUGGUGAAGAGGAGGAAGUGGGGCUUGACUCAGAGAAGUCCUUUUCCCUCUUUCUGCCCCGGGCCACAUUUGUAAGCAGUGUGGGACCUGAGAGCCCCCGACUACCAGAUGGCAGCUCAGGCCUGUCCAGCUACACUCCCAAGCAUUCCAUGGCCUUCAGCAAGUGGCAGGAACAGACACUGGUGCAGGCUCCAAGUGAGGUGGAACUCCCACCGAAGGAGGUCAUGCUCACACCAGCCAGUCAGAAUGAUCUCUCGGACUUCCGCAGCGAGCCAGCCCUCUAUUUCUGACCCCUGGAACUGCCAGGAUGGCUAAGACUUAGCCCCAGGUGUGGUGAUUCUGGAAGCCAGUCAAUGCCCAGGAGCCCUAACUUUAUUCUGUAUCCCUUCCAUCUGGCUCUUUGGGCCUUCCUCUCUCCCUGUCGCCUUCUACCUUUAGGUUCAGGUCUGAAUCUCACUCCCCUUUGGGGGUGCCAAGGAAGAACAGGUGGGAAUUGCCUAUGGGACAGGCUGACAUCUGUCCAUAACAUCUCAUCUGUGAUGAGGUAGGGAGCCUGAACAGACCUUGCACCAGAGUGCUGUCUGUCCUGCCUCUUGGCUCCUACCUUCUGGGGAGGGGCCACUGUCAGGAGUGAGAGGCUGUCCUAGCUAUUUGUUCUUUGUUGAAUGAACCCCAAGCUCCUGCCCUUAGUCCAUGAUUCUACUAUGGUGGCACCCUUCAUGAUAGAUGAUAGGGUAUUUUUUUCUUUCUGAUAUUGGACUCAAUAAACAACACUGUAACAAGGCUGCUUUUGCCUUUUUUACACAGUCCUCAGUCUGAGAAUAAGGUGAAGGCCUAACUUGGGUACCUGUGCAAAGAAGCAAAAGGUGGCCUUAGUCUGGUGUUCUUAUAUCUUGAGGUCUUGCUCUUGUUCUCUCCCCACACUAAACCUGCUACUUUCUCCCUCAAAGUUAGUGCAGUGGGAAGUGGACCUACCCUGUGGGGUCUGGAACUCCAUGUCCCAGGGAUCUAGAUGCCAGGUGGGAGGAAGGUGAGUGUUGUAGAUGACAGGAUUCACCAUGGGGCCAGGAGCCUAGGAAUGUAGCUACACUACUGGAAUGGGGCUAAGUGGAACUUGGGAAAUCUUUUCUCAUGUUUGAUUUGGAUGCCUCCUGCCCUAUGAGACUGUAACAAGGCUGUAGCAACAGAGAACUCCCAAGAGUUUAGGGAGAUGCAGAGCUGCCCGCUUGGAAGCUGUGUUCUCAGAGGCCUAGGCAGCCGUGAAGAUGUAGGGCUAUCUACAGACAUGAGCAAAUGGCUUCCUGUCACCUAAGGGCAGAUAUAAUGCUUGACUUGGCUCAGAUGGAGUGUAUGUAUGUUUUCCUCAGAGAAUAAGCCCAGUUUUAUGGACACUUUUUGUUUAAAAAAAGGGCCUCACAUUGUACCCCGAGCUGGCCUACAGUUUACUAUGCAGCCUAGAACAGCCUGGAACUUAAGGCCCCCUUCUUCCUCAGUGCUGGGAUUAUAGGUGUAGACUAUCAAAUCUUUCUUCUGGAUCUUCUUGGUCAACAAAUACUUCCAAACUUGCCCGAGAAGUUGUGGUCAAGAGCUGGGCCAUAGGGCUCCUGAAAAUAGGAGUAAGCAACACCUGUGGUUGGGAGCUGGGUCCUGGCAGCAGCAGCAAUAUAUUGGACCAAACAGAACUUUGAGGAAUGGACAAGAUGAAGAACCCCAGUCCAUGCUGAGACCUAGAACCAAAACAGCUGGUAUAUAUAUUGGAAAGUGAGACUCCAGCCCUUUGAUGCCCCCCUAUUCAAGGAGUCUGGGAUGACUGGAAGCAUCACCCCAGCCCCCAGCAUUCAUCCUUGGGGUGCCAAUGGAGCAGAAAACUCCAUCUCAAGCCCCCUCCCUCUGGGAGUUGCCUUGGUCUGGACUCCACCUCUGGAAAGGCCCACCAAGCUCUGCCCCCCUCCCCAGGGAGGGUCAGGACCACUCUCACAGGUUAUUUAGGCUGCUGCCAAAAGGGACACAUGGUUUUCGGGUUCUGUGUGUGCUCUCCCCC